AUGAUGUUAACCCAAUUUGCCAUUGAGUACAAGCCGCGCCCGACCAUCAAGGGACAAGCAUUAGCCGACUUCAUCGUCGAAUGCACUGCAAGGGACCCGGAGCCUGACCGACCGACCGCCCUAGAAGAACCCUGGUGGGAAGCCUCCACUGACGGAUCGUCCAGCAAAAAAGGGUGUGGAGGAGGAAUCGUGCUUACAUCUCCUGAAGGCUUCAAAGUGUAUCAAGCUCUAAUCUUCAAAUUCCGACCCACCAAUAACGAAGCGGAAUACGAGGCACUCAUAGGCGGUCUACGGCUGGCCAAGCAGAUGAAGGCCGACCGACUGCGAUUACGGUCAGACUCCCGAUUGAUAAUUGGACAGCUCUCUAAUACGAUCGAAGCAAAGGAGGACCGGAUGAUACGAUACAAAGACAUCGCACUUGAGUGGUUGCAGCAGUUUGACAAAUAUGAGCUGAUUCAAGUACCAAGGGCGGAAAACACAGAUGCCGACAUGCUAUCCAAAUUGACCCAGGAAGCUCCCGAAUACGUGUCAAAGAUUGCUCGGGUCGAAGAGAUUGUAACGCCUAGCAUCGACAUCAUUGAGGUUCGACCGGUCGAGAUAAGCGAGCCAGACUGGAUGUACGGUCUGAAAGGAUACAUAACCGAUGGCACCCUACCGGACGAUCCUGCACGAGCAAAGAAAGUCAGAUUGAGGGCACCCCGAUUCCAGUUGAUCGACGGUAGGCUCUACAAACGAUCGUAUGGCGGCCCACUCCUGAGGUGUUUGACCAGCGAUGAGGCUAAGAUUGUGACUGAAGAAGUCCAUGACGGAAUCUGCUCGGCCCACCAAGGACCAAGGACGCUAACGCAAAAGAUUGUCUUGUUAGGUUACUACUGGCCCUCUAUGAAUUUGGAUUGUGAGCAGUACGUGCGACGAUGCGCUACAUGCCAAGAAUUCCACAAGUUGCCCGGUCGACCAGCGACCUACUACCAGCCGGUCAGCGAGGUAAUUCCAUUCGCAAGAUGGGGAGUAGACUUGAUUGGUGCAUUCCCAAUGACGGCCGGUCGAAAAAAGUACGUGAUAGUGGCCGUUGAUUACUUCACCAAGUGGGUCGAAGCCGAAGCGUUAGCGACCAUUACCUCCCAACAGUGUCAGAAGUUCUUAUGGCACAAUGUGAUCACUCGCUUUGGCGUACCCGUCCACCUAACCACAGACAAUGGGACACAAUUUGACAGUCAACCGUUCAGAAACUUCAUGGCUCACUUGGGCAUCAGACACACCCGGGCGGCCGUAGCAUAUCCACAAGCCAAUGGACAAGUGGAGAAUGCUAACCGAACGAUUCUAGACGGGCUGNAUUGUAACGCCUAG